CAUCAACUGGCAGCUGGCUCUGCUCAAAGACAGGUUUGGCUCUUGUUUUUCACCAACCAAUGGCAGCGCUCUUGGUGGUUAAACCAUGAUGCUUGUCUUGUGUUGUGAAGUGUGAAUCUCACAGAUUUGCUCUGCAGCUGUCGACGGCUGGUCUGCCAUCCAGGUGCGCGAAGCACAAUGCAGGAUGCUGUACGCCAAUUGGGCAGGCCAAGUCUGACGACAUUCGACGCAGGGCAUGUCUACUGCAAGUUUGCAAGUCCAGCAAGAUUUUACCGCAACCAUAAGCUCCACCUCCACCUGUCACACCCUCGGCCCUUCGGAGCUUCGGGUUGAGGGAUGGGGAUAAUCAUAUGGUUGUUGCAACUGCCAUCAAGCUUGACUGCCCUGCAAGACAAGUUGUCCAAGGUCGGUGGGAAACAACCCAGGAGCUGCAUGCAACCUUUACAUCCUUGCUGUAAUAUGCAAUGCUUCGCAAAAGGGAGUAUCCAAGGCACAGCUGGAAACUGCCAAAGGGCCCAGAUGGUGGAGAUAGAGUCAGAAUGGAUAGACCACGUACCUUUAGAACUGAAGCUCUGGAGAGUUCGGAUAUAGUACAAUUG